UCUUUUUCCGGCUGGAACCAUGGAGGGUGUAGAAGAGAAGAAGAAGGAGGUUCCUGCUGUGCCAGAAACCCUUAAGAAAAAGCGAAAGAAUUUCGCAGAGCUGAAGAUCAAGCGCCUGAGAAAGAAAUUUGCCCAAAAGAUGUUUCGAAAGGCAAGGAGGAAGCUUAUCUAUGAAAAAGCAAAGCACUAUCACAAGGAAUAUAGGCAAAUGUACAGAACUGAAAUUCGAAUGGCGAGGAUGGCAAGAAAAGCUGGCAACUUCUAUGUACCUGCAGAACCCAAAUUGGCGUUUGUCAUCAGAAUCAGAGGUAUCAACGGCGUGAGCCCAAAGGUUCGAAAGGUGUUGCAGCUGCUUCACCUUCGUCAAAUCUUCAAUGGAACCUUUGUGAAGCUCAACAAGGCUUCGAUUAACAUGCUGAGGAUUGUAGAGCCAUAUAUUGCAUGGGGGUACCCCAAUCUGAAGUCAGUAAAUGAACUAAUCUACAAGCGUGGUUAUGGCAAAAUCAAUAAGAAGCGAAUUGCUUUGACAGAUAACGCUUUGAAUGCUCGAUCUCUUGGUAAAUACGGCAUCAUCUGCAUGGAGGAUCUGAUUCAUGAGAUCUAUACUGUUGGAAAACGCUUCAAAGAGGCAAAUAACUUCCUGUGGCCCUUCAAAUUGUCUUCUCCACGAGGUGGAAUGAAGAAAAAGACAACCCAUUUUGUAGAAGGUGGAGAUGCUGGCAACAGGGAGGACCAGAUCAACAGGCUUAUUAGAAGAAUGAACUAAGGUGUCUACCAUGAUUAUUUUUCUAAGCUGGUUGGUUAAUAAACAGUACCUGCUCUCAAAUUGAAAAAAAAAAAAUUAAAAAUUUCGAAAAAAAAAAA